AUGAAAGGAAUAGUAUUCUUUCAAGCUUUAGUUUGGGUCACUGUAAGUAUUCAAGCCUGUCCAGAAAUCCCAGAGAAGCCCAUCCCCGACACUAGGGAAAGGUUGUUUCAAGACUAUGCCCAAUUCAAGGCCCAGCUAUCACCUUUUGAUCGACAGGUGAAGGGCCAAUUACCAGAUUAUUCCGAAGAGUGCAACGCCAAUGUCAUCAAAGCGAUAGAGACGUUUCUCGACCGAGCGAAAUCCGUAUCCAAAUGGAGCUUCUUCCAAGAUGAUAGGGAGAAGCUCUUUCUAGAUACCCUCUUGUGGGAGUGCUCAACACAAUUGGAAGCUCUGGGCGGAGUCAUCAAAUAUUUUGCACCCGUAGACCCGUUUGAAGGAGUCCAACUUACCUGGCCAGCACUGAUGGCCCAGACGAAGCUUGAAUCAAGAAAUGACAUGGAUGACUAUCUUGGCCAACUGAGCAAAAUUCCCAAAGCUCUUCGAGACAUACAAACUUUACUAGCAAGUGGCAUGGCUGAGGGAGUCACCUACUCGCAAAGCACUUUGGCACAAACGGAUAAGCAAUUUUCCAGCCUUCAAGUCACUCGCAUCGAAGAUUCGCCGUUUUACCAACCCUUUAAAAAACGGUCUCUCUUCUCGUUAGGAGGAGAUAAACUGGAUUUGAUGCAAUCGCGAGCAAAAACCUUAAUCCGUGACCAAGUGUUGCCUUCAUUUAAGAAUUUGGCCAAUUUUUUGCAAUCGGAGUACCACAAGGCAGCCAGAAAGGAGCCCGGGAUCUCGUCUUUGCCCAAAGGUUUGGAGAUGUAUCAGAGCUUGGUUAAGUUUCAUACAGCCUUGGAGAUGCCUCCACAAGUGAUCCAUGAUAUCGGAAUGAAUGAGGUGCUUCGUCUUCAAUCCGGAGUGGGUUCUGUCAUUCAAAGGCUCGGCCUGAACAUGACUUUCAUUGAAUAUUCACGCUUUACAAGGAAUAAUCCCAAAGAGAACUUCCUGAACCGCCGUUCAUUAUUGGACCAGAUGAGAGAUCUCAUCGCCAACAAAAUCAAUCCGAAGUUGGAAGCCUCCUUGCCCUCUGAGUUUCUUGGCUCCGAUUUUCUGGAUGUAAAAGUGGAACCCAUGAGCGAGAACAGUCUCGAGUUUGCUGCGUACAAUGAGCACACCAGAACAGUGGAAAUCAACACCAAAACCCUCUCCUCACUCAAGAAAUUUGAUCUCAAAAGUCUCCUUUUAAGUCUGGCCAAUCCGGGACGCAAUCUGCAGAGUCAGGUGAAAAGCAAAUCAGACUUUUUACCAGAUUUCAUGACCAUGACCUCCAAUUACGCUCCAAGUUAUCCAAGUUAUCGUGGGUUCACGGACGGGUGGUCCUUAUACGCCGUAUAUUUGGGUGACGAAAUGGACUUAUUUAUGGAUUCCGGAGAUCUCAUUGGGUUCUAUGCCGCUCAAUUGAGUAAUGCUGCGGAUCUAGUGGUGGACACGGGUAUUAACACCAUGAAUUGGUCUCACACCAAAGGAUUAGCCUUCUAUCUUGAGCACACGUUCAUGGAUGCGACGGCUUCAGAGAUGCGGCUGGCAAAGAUCUCAUCUCAUCCUGGGGCUUUGAUGGCCAGCAAGUUGGGAGAACGGGCCAUCAUGAGUCUGAGAGUUGGCAGGGAACGCUUAACAGAAGUGGAGUUCCAAUUGAAAGACUUUCAUGCUCAAUUACUCCGAUGUCAGAUGCCGCUUGAACUUCUGCCAAAAUGUAUGGAUAUCAAAGAUGUUGUUUGA